CAGAAGCCAGAUGCUGCACUGUCACAGCGCUCUUCACCCUCGUCUUUUGUUGUCAGGGAUUUGCUAGAUCUAGAAUCUGCCGAUCGCUUCCUGAAUGUGAGAGGCCGAGGUUUCACAGGAUUGGCUGGAAGCUGAUGACAUUCAUUAGCUGCGCUCUGCCUGUCUGUAUGAUAUAAACAACUUGGACAUUGCAUUCUCCAGACUCUAAAUAUAGCAUUUAGGGCCACAGUAGGGGGAGGACGGGUGUUUUUCUGGGACAUUUCACCGUUGUGGUGAUCUUACACCAUCUGAAUUACCUCCCUAAGCUCAAUCGGUUAUUGUCCCCUCAGGGAAAAUAUAAUCUAACAUGCCUUCGGCGAACAACGUUAGAUCCAGGGCGCGGGAGAGAAACAGCGUCUUGAGCAGACCCGAGUUCAUGUCUCUCAACCAGCCCCUCCGUGGAGGCUGCGGACCCCCGGACAGCCGCUGCGCUCCCAAACGCGCGGCUCAAAACAAGCCCCAAAGCAUCCAGAAGAGCGAAGAACCUAUCGACGGCGGCAGCAAGGACAGAAGAGAGUCCACCAAGAUGCCCGAUGAAGACUGCAUGCAGCUGAACCCUUCCUUCAAGGGGAUAGCGAUGAACUCCCUCCUCGCCAUUGACAUCUGCCUGUCCAAACGCAUGGGGGUGUGCGCCUCCACGUCGUCCUCCUGGGGAGGCUGCCGAUCCAUGGUGGCCCUCUUGGCGCUCACUGGGCAUGGCAUCACGUGGAUCAUUGGCACUAUCAUAUGUCUGACACGGAGCAACACUCUGGCUGGACAGGAGGUCCUGGUUAAUCUGCUGCUGGCCCUCAUUCUUGAUGUCAUGACGGUUGCUGGAGUCCAGAGACUGGUGAAGCGCAGAGGACCAUGGGAGAUGACGCCAGGCUUCCUGGACUGUGUAGCUAUGGACGUGUACUCUUUCCCUGCCGCUCAUGCCAGUCGAGCUGCCAUGGUCUCCAAAUUCCUGCUGUCUCACCUGGUCCUUGCUGUGCCCCUGCGCAUACUUCUGGUGCUGUGGGCCUUCCUGGUUGGCAUGUCUCGAGUGCUUUUGGGUAAACACCACCUAACAGAUAUGGUGUGUGGUUUUGCCUUGGGGAUGUUUCACUUCAGUCUGAUGGAGACUGUGUGGCUGUCCUCCAACACCUGUCAGACUCUUAUUUCCAUAAGUACAUUCAGCUGGAGUCCUUUUUAUUGAGCUUUGCUUGUCUUACAUGAUAUUACAACUGAUACUAACUGUGCAAUAUUGCAAAUUUUGAUCUGAGGAGCUAUUUUUGCAGAUAGGGAAGUUUUAACACAUGGAUGCAGAUACUGACUUGCAUGCAACGAGCAAAAAAUUCACACAGGUCCUUGGGCCUUUCAGAACUAGAAAUUCUAGUCUAACACAUUUUUAUUCAUUAUUUCCAUCAAAAAGUAAUGACUAAAAUAAAAAAAAUCAGUUUCUAUCUCUAAGUUUUAACGACUCUAUAGCAGAUGGUACUUUUCAUAUGUAAUCUAACCUGUAAUCUAUUUUCUUUGUGAAGCUUCUGGUUGUUGAUUUCCUCCAUUUCUUCUGGCUCUAUCUCUUAAUUUUCUAUUUGAUUCCCUUGAUUGUUUGUUUUUGGCACCAUGUGAUCAGUUUUGUUGUAGUAUCUUUAUUCAUAUUUCUUCAUUUAGUGUGACAUCUAUAUGGAUAUAUUACAUAUUAGUUAGCUUCUUAUUUGACAUUGCUAUAAUAUUUGCAUAUUUCUGUUUUUCUUUUUUUUCUUUUUGUAAUUUAAACUGUACAUUUGUGCCCUUAACCUUUUCAAUGCAGCUGAAUUAGGUUUUUCUUGCACACUCAUCAAAGAGAAUGAAAUACUUUCUAAUAGUUUAGGGUAAAGUAUAAACCUUAGAAAUUGUUUUUCAUUUUUUUCAUUAAAGGCUGUCUGUCACAAUGAAAUUAUGGUUUAAGAGUUGUUUUUUGUUUGUUUGUUUUUUUUUACAUUUGGGUGGACCUUUUUUUUUUUUUUUAGAUAAACAAAAUGCAGUGUACAUUACCUACUUUGUUCUGUACAGAGGUCUGUGUAUGAUGUUUACACUUUAUUGCUGCAUCUCAAUAAUAA